CCACGGCAAGUACAGUAUCGCUUCUCGGCCUUUUGGCUAAGAUCAAGUGUAGUAUCUGUUCUUAUCAGUUUAAUAUCUGAUACGUCCUCUAUCCGAGGACAAUAUAUUAAAUGGAUUUUUGGAAUUAGGAGAUGGAAUAGGAGCUUGCUCCGUCCACUCCACGCAUCGACCUGGUAUUGCAGUACUUCCAGGAACGGUGCACCCCCUUCGGGGGAUACUUUAGUCGGUUGAAAAAGAGAGAUCUUAUGUGUUUCUGUUUUCCGCUCCUACCAUAAGCUUCAAAUUGGUUUGGGUGUUAUUUCUGGUCUAAGAGUCUAAAAUUCGUCCUGUAGUUUUCAGCCUUGCAUUGGUAUUAUUUCUAUUCAUAUUUUCGUAAGUCGUGCAUGCGAACUUUUAGUGGGCCGUUGUGUGUCGCGGGGUGAAUGUAGGUUGAUUAAAUCGGUUUUUGGCUACUGAUUUUCACUGCAAUUUGAGUUUGGGGAAGGAGGUUGUGGAAUAGCAGCUUUACUUCCCACUCUAUGUUAUCUACUUGUCAUUACUGAGUUUCUAGGAGCGUUGCAUUCUUUUUUAGAUUUCGAAUGUGGUACAGUGGAAGGGAAAGUAAGUGCUUAUGCCUCAGCCCUUUUGUCUCUGUUUAGCUCUCAGUUUUAUCCCAGGAGGCCACUAGUCUUGCCAAAUCAGGGUCGUUGGACGUCCACAAUAAGAACUGUUACAGGAUUUUAGGGAAAGGUGGAAUUUAUGUUGUUUACUUUAAAUAAAGCAGUUUAAAUAGGAUCAAUGCCAAGAAGGCUUGUGUUGUGUGCAAAGUAGUCCACAUAAGAUCUGGACUGCAGAGUGGACCCAGGGUACUGUUUUCUUGGUAAUAAUAGUUAAGAUAAAUGGGGAAUGCUAUGCUCAGAACCCCCAGUAUCAAGCUCUGCAGCUGAGUUGGAAAUCAAGGCUGCUUCUCUUUGAGAAUUGACUUAGGUCCCCCAGUCAACAGUGUAAUGCUUCAUUGUUAGUGAUAUAAUUUCAAGUACAAAAUGUUUGAUAGCCUAUGAUUUUAGAGAACAAAGUUCCUCAGUAGGAAGGCAGUAGUCACACAAAGAAGGGAGUCGUUAUGACAUUUUACAGCUGCAGCUUAUCCUUAGGAGGGGAAAUAUUUCCCGUUAACUUUGCAGAUUUUCACGCUCAGUUAGAGCUAUUUUUACAUCCUUAUCACCAAAACUCAGUAAGAGGAAAUAAAAUGACACCCCCACUUACCAAAAGAGAGAUCUGUUUUAAGACGGACGGGUUCGUUUUCCCCAUCUUCACCCGCUUUGUGUCUUUUACACUCCAUUAUGAAGUGCCUGAUACUUUGAAGCAGGGAGAUAGACUGGGGCGGGCUCGACUCGGCUUCGCGGUCCCCCUAGGAAGGACCACUCCGAGUGGCCCACUCCACUCCAAGUGCAAAAAAUAUGAAGUUACGCUUCAGACCCCCCACAAGCUAGCAUCUUCUGAUUUCGUUUCCGUAAGACAAAAACCAGCUGUUGCUGGCAGAGGCUGUUUAGGUAUCUGGCCCUUUAAGGGUUUAAGGGUUCGUUGGGCCUGGAUCUGGCGCCUGCUGUUGACGCAACUCUGCGCCGGAAGUGCGAGCUGCGGCCCCCGGGCUCGGCUAUGGCGGCGGCUACUGCGCGCUGGAACCACGUGUGGGUCGGCACUGAGACUGGGAUUCUGAAAGGGGUUAACCUUCAGCGCAAGCAGGCGGCGAACUUCACGGCGACCGGACAUCCGCGGCGCGAGGAGGCGGUGAGCGCCCUGUGCUGGGGCCCGGGCAGCGAGACCCAGGUCUUGGUGGGUUGCGCGGACGCGACGGUGAGGUACUUCAGCACCGAGGAGGGCAGAUUCCAGGGCCAGAGGCACUGCCCGGGAGGGGAAGGCACGUUCCGGGGCCUCGCCCAGGCGGACGGCACCCUCAUCACAUGUGUAGAUUCCGGGAUUCUCCGAGUCUGGAGUGCCAAUGACAAGGAGGAAUCGUCCGACCCACUCCUGGAACUUAGGGUGGGCCCUGGGGUAUGCAGGAUGCGCCAAAACCCAGAGCACCUCCACAUGGUUGCCACAGGCGGGAAGGAGAAUGUGUUGAAGGUGUGGGACCUGCAGGGGUCCGAGGAACCUGUGUUCAGGGCUAAGAACGUACGGAAUGAUUGGCUCGACCUGCGGGUUCCCAUCUGGGACCAGGACAUACUGUUCCUUCCUGGGUCGCAGAAGCUCGCCACCUGCACAGGGUACCACCAGGUCCGUGUCUACGAUCCAGCCUGCCCUCAGCGGCGGCCGGUCCUGGAGGCUACCUAUGGAGAGUACCCGCUGACAGCCAUGACCCUCACUCCUGGGAGCAACUCAGUGAUUGUGGGAAACACUCAUGGGCAGCUGGCAGAAAUUGACCUUCGGCAAGGGCGCCUGCUGGGCUGUCUGAAGGGGCUGGCGGGCAGUGUCCGAGGGUUGCAAUGCCACCCUUCAAAGCCCCUACUGGCCUCCUGCAGCCUGGACAGAGUCUUGAGGGUACACAGGAUCCGGAACCCAAGGGGCCUGGAACAUAAGGUUUAUCUCAAGUCUCGACUGAACUGCCUCCUCCUGUCAGGCAGGGACAACUGGGAGGAUGACCCCCAAGAGCCUCAAGAGCCCACCAGGGUGGCCCCAGAAGACCCAGAGACAGAUGAACUUUGGGCCUCCUUGGAGGCUGCUGCCAAGCGGAAGCUUCCUGAUGUCGAGCAGAGGCAAGGGGCCCUCCAAGGCCGACAGAGAAAGAAAAAGCGGCCGGGAUCUACCAGCCUCUGAAGCCCGUGUACCUACUUUGUAAAUAAACACCUCAAC